UCCCUAAAGGCUUUGGGUUCAUGACAGUCAGUGCCACUGAUGCAGAUGAUCCUAACACUGAAAACUCUGAUAUCAGGUACUCCAUCAUCAGUCAGGAUCCACCAGAGCCAAAACCAAACAUGUUUGCCAUCAACCCUAUUACUGGUGUGAUUCGAGUGAAUGCUGAAGGACUGGACUUUUCGAAACAUUCUAAAUAUGUCUUGAAGAUUCAAGCAGCCGAUAUGCAGGGUAAUGGCUUGACAAGCACUGAAGACGCUGUUAUUUUUGUGAUUAACAGCAAGGAUGUAACCAAGCCUUCAUCUCCUGGGAUAUGGGAGAUUUCUCCAAUCUGCUUCCCAGAGAAUGACAGAGGACCUUUCCCUAAACACUUAGCCCAGAUUAAGUCCAACCAUGAUAAACAAAGUAAGGUUGUGUACAGCAUCACUGGAAAUGGAGCAGACCAGCCUCCAGUGGGACUUUUCACUGUGGAUAAAGACAGUGGUUUUCUGUCUGUAACAAGGCCUUUAGACAGAGAGACCAAUCAUGAGUAUGUGCUUCAUGUCCAUAGAGGUGGUAUAAAUGAGCAGCCAACGCAAAUCACCAUCUCCGUGAUUGACCAGAAUGAUAAUAAGCCUGUCUUCACCCAAGAUCCAUUUCGGGGCAGUGUACCAAAUGCAUCAAAACCAGGUUUUGAAUUCAUGACCAUCUCAGCGACUGAUGCAGAUGAUCCUAAGACUGAAAAUGCAAAUAUCAGAUACUCCAUCAUCAGUCAAGAUCCUGCACUGCCACAACUCGACAUGUUUGAGAUCAACGCCAUCAGUGGAGAGAUUCAAGUGAAAACUGAUGGACUGGACAGAGAGAAAUACCCUGAAUACACCUUGGAGAUUCAGGCAGCAGAUAUGCAGGGCAAUGGCCUCCAAAGCAGAGGAAAGGCUGUUAUUACUGUAACAGUCUGAAAAACCUUGGAGAAAAUAGUGCCUCGGGCGAAGACACGAUUUCAACAUUAUUGCUUGUGCUAAUCUUUAAAAAUAUUCACCAUCCCUGUCUCAUUGAUCUGUGAGACAGCAAAAGGUCCAUUAAGCUAAAACCACAUUUUGACCGAACACAAGUGCUAUGUAGGAAGUGUAUUGCAUAUAUAUAUUAUAUAUAUACUAUAAGGAGGACUACAGGACUACAAGAAAGUAUAUUAUAUGAUGAGAAAAUUUCAAGAUAUGGUGCCUGUAGAAAAACCCAGUUUGAAUCAACUGAGUUUUAUCUAUCUCAUAUGAAUAGUUUGACACAAAAUUAUGCAAAUACAGUAAAGAAUAGUUGCUGCAAAAAUUCAUAAUAGCUUACUUAUUACUUUUGCUUCAUUAAACUACUUAUGACAAAAAUAAAGAUCAAUGCAUGAAACAAAA